ACUAGCGCUCCUCCAGUGCGCACUAGUGAGGGAAGGGAGUGACACAGACACAAUGGGAGGACAGAAACAGCAUCGAUAACAGCGCUCUACAGCUGUGCCUUUAAAGCAGCCUGCUGCUGAACUGCUGUCUGAAGUGCACUGUGAUUAAUGCAUCUGAAUUUGCUGCAGGGCAUUAGUAUUGUCUCAAGAUUUCACAUCUGUCCUUCCAAUGGAUUUCCCUUUCGACAUGAACGCGCUCUUCCCCGAGAGAAUUACAGUGCUGGAUAACAGCUUGAGUGCAGGUCGGAGAGCGCAUGGGAGACCAGAUCCUCUUCUUCAGAUCAGCACAGUUAUAGAUGAGCUGGGCAAAGCCUCCGCUAAGGCCCAGCAGCUGCCUGCUCCUAUAACCAGUGCAGCGAAGCUCCAGGCCACCAGACAUCAUCUCUACCUCCUGAAAGAUGGAGAACAGAACGGCGGGAGGGGUGUUAUCGUUGGAUUUCUGAAGGUUGGCUACAAGAAGCUGUUUUUACUUGACCAACGGGGGGCGCAUUUGGAGACCGAGCCAUUGUGUGUGCUGGAUUUCUAUGUGACAGAGACUCUGCAGAGACAUGGCUACGGGCUCCAGCUCUUUGACUUCAUGCUGAAACACAAACGGGUGGAGCCUGAACAGAUGGCGUAUGAUAGACCUUCUCCUAAAUUCCUGUCAUUUCUAGAAAAGCACUAUGAUCUCAAGAACAGCGUGCCUCAGGUGAAUAACUUUGUGGUGUUCAGUGGAUUCUUCCCGAGUAGAUCAGGAACACCUCCCUCCCCUUCGACGGAUCAGGGGAUGUAUGGAUUUUUCGGUCCAAUUGAGAAAAGUUCCCCCAAAAAAGCCAGAGGGAGAGAUCAAACCCUAUUCACUGAUGGAAAGAGAAGUGGUUCGGGAGGAGCAGAGGGCUCUCCCCUGGCCGUUCGUUCGCCCCGCGGGUCCCCCCCUCUCUCCCCCUCUGCUUCCGUCAUCUCCUCAAUCCCGUUGUCUCAGUGUGGGAUCCUCCCCCAGCCGGGCCCUGCUCCGGCCCGCCGUGGCCCCCGGGAGCCCCUCCCACCAGCUCAACGACAGCUGCAGGGCAAGACGCACCAGCCAUCAGGGUCUAGUUGCCAGCAGCAACCUCUACCGUCACCAUAUCAACAGCCGAGAUCUCGGGCAAUUACUGGCGGAAGAGCAGAACCCCUUGAAGCUUCCAGACCACAUCCUCAAGGCCAGGUUGUGUCCCUUCCGACACUUACUGCCCCCAAGAAAUAUCAUGUACAGGAGCAGGCCUCCAUAACAACCCUGGAACCCAAAGAAGAGCUGCAGACCGCUGUAUGGCCCAGUGGGUCCGACAGAAACAAGAGUGUCGCAGCACACAGUCCCGGUGACAGAAGAUGUUAAAGGGGUCAUUGGAUGCCCAUUUUCCAAAAGUUGAUAUGAUUCUUUAGAGUCUUAAUGAAAAUCUGAAACAUAGUUUGGUUAAAAAUUCUCAAUGUUAGUGUAAAAAAAACACUUUUUUUACCCUGUCAGUCAAAACCAAGCUUUUUUCAGAGCAAGCCGUUUUGUUGCAUUUUCCUUUAAAUGUUAAUGAGUUCUGCUGACCCCGCCCCUCUCUUCCGAGUCGCUCUCAGAGAGACUCGCAUUCGUCGUGAAACUUGCUAAUUACCACAUUAUUAGGAAAGACGAUUUUCAAAGAUUAAUUAAAAACAUUAUACUAAAUUUUUGUUGGUGAAGCGAGACCACAAAUGAUUCACGCAAAGAUAAACGCAUUUAUGUAGAGCGCCUUAUCUUCAAAAACAAACAUAAUCCACUGCGUCUUCAGUGGCUCAGAUUUUGGGAGUAAAUGAUGACUCCUAUGUUCAUUGUUACAUCCAACAACAAAACACCUCAAUCAUUUAAGCUUGUCUAUAUCUGCUCCGGUGGUGAAACAAUGGUGGACUGAUGACCGCUCACUAAGGGUGAGUCUAAUGACAUGUUCCAGGUCACCCAUAACCCGUUUUUUUAACCCGUACUGGAACAGCAGUCAAGCCUGUGACUUCCCACCUGUGAACUCGUACUAGAUCGAUGAAACACUGCUGUCAAUCAAACUAAUGUGGGAGGAGCCUGUCUGUGUGACAUCACAAAGACAGUCAUCUGAGAUCGGCUCAUUUGAGAAAGGGGCAAUGAUUAAGAAACACUUGGUACGUCUUUAUCAUUAUAGGGUGGUUGUGUACACAAUACCAAUACGCCUUUCAACUUGUAAUAGUGCUUGUAGCAUCAUAUGACCCCUUUAAGAAGAGAAAUUAACUGAUGGACAUCGCAAAGAAGUGAGAAUAAUAAAGGGUGGAGAAAUUG